UGGUCUGGGCGGGGUGGGGAGGGUGACAGUUAUGUUGAGGCAUGCCUAGAGCGUCUCUGCUUCCAACUGCGAGCAAGCUGUUGGCGGCGCGCGGACCACCUGGUGCAGCGCUCAGCCUGUAGCUGUGUCAGCGUGUAUGAUGCCAUCUCGCACUAACCUGGCUACUGGAAUCCCCAGUAGUAAAGUGAAAUACUCAAGGCUCUCUAGCACAGAUGAUGGCUACAUUGACCUUCAGUUUAAGAAAAGCCCUCCUAAGAUCCCAUAUAAGGCCAUUGCACUCGCUACAGUGCUGUUUUUGAUUGGCACCUUUCUCAUUAUCAUAGGCUCCCUGCUGCUGGCAGGCUACAUCAGCAAAGGGGGGGCAGACCGGGCCGUUCCUGUCCUGAUCAUUGGCAUCCUAGUGUUCCUGCCAGGGUUUUACCACCUGCGCAUCGCCUACUAUGCAUCCAAAGGCUACCGGGGUUACUCCUACGAUGACAUUCCGGAUUUUGAUGACUGAGCUCGGCUUUAAGAUACUGAGCAGAAACUGUGGCUAAAGACUAAGGAAUUCUGCAGUUUGCAGAUGUUUAACAAAACCAUAGCCAGUUUUUAUGGGUCCAUCCUAAAGACUUAACUGAGCUUACAGUUAGCUAAUUAGGGCAUGCUCUAUCUUUCAUCUCCUGGCCCUGACAAAAAAGCUGACAGGUUUAUCCACAGGAUCCUGUCUGUACCAUGGGAGAAUAGCAAUGUUAAUUGUAUGGAAAAACAGGAGGUUAUUCCACAGUAGAAAGUGUUAUUGCCACCACUCUUCUUGGAGUUCAGCAUUUCUUUUAAAUAGCCUUUAUUGUCAGUUUGUUCUUGUGGCACAUGGAAGAAAGCAAUAUGUCAAACUUCUCACUACUAAGUAGUUUAUUUUUAAAAUACUUAAGUAUCUCAUCCCCUAUGCUAUAACUUCACGUUCUAAUGGAAGACCUUGGCAAAAUCAAAUAUUAGUAUGGAUGCAUCUGUAAUAUUAAGAGCAAUCGGGAAUCUUCUUAAACUACCGAGCAAGUUUUCAAGAUGUAAAGACUUCCCCUGUUCACCACUCCGUGGCCAGCUCUGGUCUGGUUCACCAAUAUGUUAGGCACCAUGUAAUCUGAGUAAUUCUAUCCUUUACAGAUGUUCUGCAUAUCAUGCCUUUAAGGACUGGACUUGCAGCUGUUUUCUAAGGAAAAAGGUAGAUAAGUGGAUGUUACGUAGAGUUUAUAACCCCUAACAUAAUACAAUGUUAGCACCUUGUAUUAUGAUGUCAUUCUGCUGAAGAUUGCAAGGUUUGGCCUGGAUCCUUAGGGGACAUCAUUGCCUUAGUUUGAUUCUGUUACCUAGAUUGCAAAAAGGGACUUAUGUUCAAAAGAAAUUAAAAUGUCAAAAUCUAAA